UGUUCUGUAGAUGUUAUGCCGGGAAGUCUUGAAAUGGAAUAUCACGGAAAUAACACUGACCGUAUUUUGAAAAGGUGUCACUGCAGUCUUUCGGAGGAAAGUGAUGAAAGUGACAUUUGGGAUGACACUGCCCUCAUUAAGGCAUACGAUAAUGCAGCCUCCAUUAUGAAGGCUCGAUUAGCAGAAAGAGAAGGAGGCACCAAUGAGAAUGGGGAAAUGGUUGCUGAGUCGGUGACACAAACACAAGAGGGUGCAGCAAAGAAGAAAAAGAAGAAGCAUCGACCAAAGAAGAAAAAGCAACAGCAAAAGUGGAAGAUCGGAGAUUCCUGCCGAGCUGUGUUCACCGAAGAUGGCUUGCUCUAUGAUGCAGAGAUCAUUGGUAUUGAUGAGGCUGAGAGCACCUGCACUGUCAGAUACACAGAAUAUCAGAACGAAGAAAACCAGCCACUGGAUCGCCUCCUUCCACCGCGACCAACUUCUAAACCACACACCAAUGUGUCACUCAGUGAGACUGACAGCAAUGAUGUCACAAUGCAGAAUGCUGCCCCCCAAAGAAUGGGUGGGCGGGGCAAGUCCAGUGGGGCGGCCCCUGACCACCCUUCCAGAGCAUCAUUUGAAUCUCACCCAUUCUUUCAAGGAAUGCCAUAUCCUCCAUUCAGGUUUCCAUCAAACCACGCUGCUCACGCAGGAGGACCGAGAGUGCCCCCGAUGCCUCCACCGCCGCCUCCUCCCCCACUGAUGUCUGAGGAUGUCGUGAGCGAUGACGAGGCACUUAGUAGCAUGUUGAUAUCGUGGUACAUGAGUGGAUAUCACACAGGAUAUUAUCAGGGCCUGCAGCGGGGACGGCAGCAGCAGCAGGGAGGUGGUGGUGCUGCAAGAUAGCAACAUCAUCACUGCAUCAGCUCAUCACUGAAAGAUGUAACUCAAAGUUACGCAAUAUCUGAAGAGAUUCAGAAUGAGUGUCAUGUUGUAACAAAUAGUGCUUGUGUGUUAAUAUUUGAUAUCAUGUUUGAGAAGUGGAAACAAUUCUGGCGAUCUGUUCAUACCAUAGAGGCAUCUAUUGCGUAACCCAUACACCAUUUCAAGGUUUCAUAUUGCCUUUGAUAUCAGAGGAUAUUUGUGACUCACUAUAUUUUGUUUUGAUAUGAAAAUGAUAGUCGUGAUUUCUUUAUUGAAAACUCAAAAAGCAAAAAGGCAUUUGUUGUUGGCAUUGCAUAGCCAGUUCACAUUUGUUUGAACGAAGCGCAAGGUUUCAGCCUAUGACUGGCAAACCGACGUGAAAUAUGAAAUCUGGCAUGUCAUGUUAUUGCCUUCAGGCAAUGUAUUCACUUGUCCAUGUUUGCUGUAAAACAUUUAUGGAGUUUUUGAUGAGUUUAGAACGCACUCCUGUUAAUCUUUAUGUAGGGGCCAGCUCUGAACCUAGACAAGAUGUUAUGACGUACUUCAAGGUUAAUACUCACUCGUAUCUCUCGUAAAUAUACGGUAUGGAAAGACUCCUCCAGCAGACACUUAUACAACAGGGUAACUAGGAUGGUGCCUUAGGCUAUGUCAUCUCCUGAGGUGACAGUGAAUGAUACAUCUUCGUGAUACUUUGAUGGACAAGAGAUUUUACCGUGACGUACAAGUGAUGGUUAGAAACAACUCAGCUGUAGGUGAUGUCUGAGAUUGUCAACUGUUAUUGCUUACAUGGUAUUAAUGGUGAACAGCAACACCAUUGAUCAGCACACAAGUCUAAAUGUGUUUCAAAUCUUCGUUUUGCUUGUUAUUUUUGUUUUAGUAUUUGUUUAAGCUCAAGACAGGUCAUACAAAUCAGGUUCAUUUUUCACGUAGGUGAGACAAUGAAAUGUGUUUUAGGUUACCUACUCUUGAAAACAUCUUAUGCCGGUAAAUAUCAGACCUUGUUUUAUGUUAGGCAGUUCCUUUUAAUUGAGAACAUGGCAACAUGAAUACCAAAUCAAACAGUAUUUCUUUACAUCAGGUGUUAAUUGCCUGUAUAUAAUAAUCAUCCUCAAUGAUCCAGGAUACUGUCUCCAUUCUAAGAUAGAUACCUUGGUUCCAUUUACUGCCUCAGAUUCAUUUUAAUCAAAUUCAAUUGACACAAUGCAGGAAUUGUCAAACCAGUCAAAUUGCACAGAUAUGUGAGAGAAUUCUAUGGGAACUUACUGAUAAGACUCAUUGAGAUGGCCACAUCGCCACUUACAAUGAGAGAAUGGAGAUGUGCACUGGAUGUUCAAGGUUGAUAAGCAUGAGCUUGUGUGAAAAUGUGGUUCACAUUUACAGCUGUGACAUGACAAUACAAUUAAUUAGUAAUAAUAGCAAAAUUAAAUUAUGUGAUAUAAAUAUAUUCCUCAAUUCAUCUUAGAGUUAUUAAUUCUGAGUCACUAAUGGGUUUGUAAAUUGUAUUUCAUAUUUGCAAGAGAAAAGCGUCCAAUGUUUGUGGUACUUUGCUUCAAGGAGUACACAUCCAAUCUGGAGAUAUGAUUUUUUUCUACCAGUUUCUUGUAAUCAAAUUGUGACAUUUCUUAUCUAAGGUUUGACUUAAAUUACAAUAUUCUUGUAUAUAACAUGAUAAAGAACAAAGUGAAAACAUU